AUGGCGGGUGUGGUGUACCCCAGACAGGUCCCUGUGGAUUUAGACAUAUACCAAACCACCUACAUGGUCAACUACCACCCCUACGGGAAGCACAAGUACUCCAGAGUCACGCCACAAGAGCAAGUGAAGCUGGACACCCAACUCAGGGAAAAAGAAUUUUAUACGCUCAUCCCCAGCCCCAACCCCAAGUUAAAGGACGGAUACCCGGCCUUCAAAAGACCCUACAUGAAUGCCAGAGACCUGGGACAGCCCGGCUUCUUCCCGUCGCUGGACCACGGGGGCACGGAGAAGGAAGAGCUCGGGUUCACCUGCGGCCCUGCGGGGCGCCCCGUGCCCCGCGCGCUGCCCCCCGCCAGCGCCGCCUUCCCCGCCGCCUUCCCGUGCCUGCGGGAGCCCGCGCAGCAGCCGGCGGCGGAGGAGGCCACCGGCUACCUCCUGCUGCCCGGCUGCCUGUGCCCCGGGCACCGCGCGGCCAAGGUCCCGGUGCUGAGCCGCUGGGGCCCCCUCCUGCCCUUUUACCAGUAG